UCAGUGUUCCUGAUAUUACAAUGAACCAGGACAUGGAUGCUAGCUUUGAAGACAUGAUUGAAGGCUCAAACACCUCAUCCAUAGCUCAGGUGGUAGAGACGUCUGAAAACAGUGUUUUCUUCAGUGUUCCUGAUAUUACAAUGAACCAGGACAUAGAUGCUAGCUUUGAGGACCUGAAAAAAGGCCCUGACCCCUCAUCCAUGGCUCAGGUAGUGGACACAUCUAAAAACGUUUUCUUCAGUGUUCCUGAAAUUACAACGAACCAGGACAUGGAUGUUAGCUUUGAGGACAAGAUAGAAAGCUCAGACACCUCAUCCACGGCUCAGGUGGUAGAGACGUCUGAAAACAGUGUUUUCUGCAAUCUACUUGAAAUUACAAUGGACCAGGUCGUGGAUGCUAGCUCUGAGGACAAGAUUGAGUGCUCACACACCUCAUCCACGGCUCAGGUGGUAGAGACGCCUGAAAACUGUGUUUUCUUCAGUGUUCCUGAAAUUACAAUGAACCAGGAAGUGGAUGCUAGCUCUGAGGACAAGAUUGAGGGCUCAGACACCUCAUCCAUAGCUCAGGUGGUAGAGACGUCUGAAAACAGUGUUUUCUUCAGUGUUCCUGAAAUUACAACAAACCAGGACAUGGAUGUUAUCUUUGAGGACAAGAUAGAAAGCUCAGACACCUCAUCCACGGCUCAGGUGGUAGAGACGUCUGAAAACAGUGUUUUCUGCAAUCUACUUGAAAUUACAAUGGACCAGGUCGUGGAUGCUAGCUCUGAGGACAAGAUUGAGGGCUCAGACACCUCAUCCACGGCUCAGGUGGUAGAGACGUCUGAAAACAGUGUUUUCUGCAAUCUACUUGAAAUUACAAUGGACCAGGAAGUGGAUGCUAGCUUUGAGGACUUGAUAGAAAGCUCAGACAACUCAUCCACGGCUCAGGUGGUAGAGACGUCUGAAAACAGUGUUUUCUGCAAUCUACUUGAAAUUACAAUGGACCAGGUCGUGGAUGCUAGCUCUGAGGACAAGAUUGAGGGCUCAGAAACCUCAUCCACGGCUCAGGUGGUAGAGACGUCUGAAAACAGUGUUUUCUUCAAUCUACUUGAAAUUACAAUGAACCAGGAAGUGGAUGCUAGCUCUGAGGACAAGAUUGAAGGCUCAGACACCUCAUCCAUGGCUCAGGUGGUAGAGACGUCUGAAAACAGUGUUUUCUGCAAUCUACUUGAAAUUACAAUGAACCAGGAAAUGGAUGCUAGCUCUGAGAACAAGAUUGAGGGCUCAGACACCUCAUCCACGGCUCAGGUGGUAGAGACGUCUGAAAACAGUGUUUUCUGCAAUCUACUUGAAAUUACAAUGGACCAGGUCGUGGAUGCUAGCUCUGAGGACAAGAUUGAGGGCUCACACACCUCAUCCACGGCUCAGGUGGUAGAGACGUCUGAAAACAGUGUUUUCUUCCAUCUACUUGAAAUUACAAUGAACCAGGAAGUGGAUGCUAGCUUUGAGGACAUGAUUGAGGGCUCAGACACCUCAUCCACGGCUCAGGUGGUAGAGACGUCUGAAAACAGUGUUUUCUGCAAUCUACUUGAAAUUACAAUGAACCAGGAAGUGGAUGCUAGCUCUGAGGACAAGAUUGAGGGCUCAGACACCUCAUCCACGGCUCAGGUGGUAGAGACGCCUGAAAACUGUGUUUUCUUCAGUGUUCCUGAAAUUACAAUGAACCAGGAAGUGGAUGCUAGCUCUGAGGACAAGAUUGAGGGCUCAGACACCUCAUCCAUAGCUCAGGUGGUAGAGACGUCUGAAAACAGUGUUUUCUUCAGUGUUCCUGAAAUUACAACAAACCAGGACAUGGAUGUUAUCUUUGAGGACAAGAUAGAAAGCUCAGACACCUCAUCCACGGCUCAGGUGGUAGAGACGUCUGAAAACAGUGUUUUCUGCAAUCUACUUGAAAUUACAAUGGACCAGGACGUGGAUGCUAGCUUUGAGGACUUGAUAGAAAGCUCAGACAACUCAUCCACGGCUCAGGUGGUAGAGACGUCUGAAAACAGUGUUUUCUGCAAUCUACUUGAAAUUACAAUGGACCAGGUCGUGGAUGCUAGCUCUGAGGACAAGAUUGAGGGCUCAGACACCUCAUCCACGGCUCAGGUGGUAGAGACGUCUGAAAACAGUGUUUUCUUCAAUCUACUUGAAAUUACAAUGAACCAGGAAGUGGAUGCUAGCUUUGAGGACAAGAUUGAGGGCUCAGACACCUCAUCCACGGCUCAGGUGGUAGAGACGUCUGAAAACAGUGUUUUCUUCAGUGUUCCUGAAAUUACAACGAACCAGGACAUGGAUGUUAGCUUUGAGGACAAGAUAGAAAGCUCAGACACCUCAUCCACGGCUCAGGUGGUAGAGACGUCUGAAAACAGUGUUUUCUGCAAUCUACUUGAAAUUACAAUGGACCAGGAAGUGGAUGCUAGCUUUGAGGACUUGAUAGAAAGCUCAGACACCUCAUCCACGGCUCAGGUGGUAGAGACGUCUGAAAACAGUGUUUUCUGCAAUCUACUUGAAAUUACAAUGGACCAGGAAGUGGAUGCUAGCUUUGAGGACUUGAUAGAAAGCUCAGACAACUCAUCCACGGCUCAGGUGGUAGAGACGUCUGAAAACAGUGUUUUCUGCAAUCUACUUGAAAUUACAAUGGACCAGGUCGUGGAUGCUAGCUCUGAGGACAAGAUUGAGGGCUCAGACACCUCAUCCACGGCUCAGGUGGUAGAGACGUCUGAAAACAGUGUUUUCUUCAAUCUACUUGAAAUUACAAUGAACCAGGACGUGGAUGCUAGCUUUGAGGACAAGAUUGAGGGCUCAGACACCUCAUCCACGGCUCAGGUGGUAGAGACGUCUGAAAACAGUGUUUUCUGCAAUCUACUUGAAAUUACAAUGAACCAGGAAGUGGAUGCUAGCUCUGAGGACAAGAUUGAGGGUUCAGACACCUCAUCCACGGCUCAGGUGGUAGAGACGUCUGAAAACAGUGUUUUCUGCAAUCUACUUGAAAUUACAAUGGACCAGGAAGUGGAUGCUAGCUUUGAGGACAAGAUUGAGUGCUCAGACACCUCAUCCACGGCUCAGGUGGUAGAGACGUCUGAAAACAGUGUUUUCUGCAAUCUACUUGAAAUUACAAUGGACCAGGUAGUGGAUGCUAACUCUGAGGACAAGAUAGAAAGCUCAGAGACCUCAUCCACGGCUCAGGUGGUAGAGACGUUUGAAAACAGUGUUUUCUUCAGUGUUCCUGAAAUUACAAUGAACCAGGAAGUGGAUGCUAGCUCUGAGGACAAGAUUGAGGGCUCAGACACCUCAUCCAUAGCUCAGGUGGUAGAGACGUCUGAAAACAGUGUUUUCUUCAGUGUUCCUGAAAUUACAACGAACCAGGACAUGGAUGUUAGCUUUGAGGACAAGAUAGAAAGCUCAGACACCUCAUCCACGGCUCAGGUGGUAGAGACGUCUGAAAACAGUGUUUUCUUCAGUGUUCCUGAAAUUACAAUGAACCAGGAAGUGGAUGCUAGCUCUGAGGACUUGAUAGAAAGCUCAGACAACUCAUCCACGGCUCAGGUGGUAGAGACGUCUGAAAACAGUGUUUUCUGCAAUCUACUUGAAAUUACAAUGGACCAGGAAGUGGAUGCUAGCUCUGAGGACAAGAUUGAAGGCUCAGACACCUCAUCCACAGCUCAGUUGGUAGAGACGUUUGAAAACAGUGUUUUCUUCAGUGUUCCUGAAAUUACAAUGAACCAGGAAGUGGAUGCUAGCUCUGAGGAUGUGAAAAAAGGCUCUGACCCCUCAUCUAUGGCUCAGGUAGUGGACACAUCUAAAAACUGUGUUUUCUUCAGUGUUCCUGAAAUUACAAUGAACCAGGAAGUGGAUGCUAGCUUUGAGGACAAGAUUGAGGGCUCAGACACCUCAUCCACGGCUCAGUUGGUAGAGACGUCUGAAAACAGUGUUUUCUUCAAUCUACUUGAAAUUACAAUGGACCAGGUCGUGGAUGCUAGCUCUGAGGACAAGAUUGAGGGCUCACACACCUCAUCCACGGCUCAGGUGUUAGAGACGUCUGAAAGCAGUGUUUUCUUCAAUCUACUUGAAAUUACAAUGGACCAGGACGUGGAUGCUAGCUUUGAGGACAAGAUAGAAAGCUCAGACACCUCAUCCACGGCUCAGGUGGUAGAGACGCCUGAAAACAGUGUUUUCUGCAAUCUACUUGAAAUUACAAUGGACCAGGAAGUGGAUGCUAGCUCUGAGGACAAGAUUGAGGGCUCAGACACCUCAUCCACGGCUCAGGUGGUAGAGACGUCUGAAAACAGUGUUUUCUUCAAUCUUCUUGAAAUUACAAUGGACCAGGAAGUGGAUGCUAUCUUUGAGGACAAGAUUGAGGGCUCAGACACCUCAUCCACGGCUCAGGUGGUAGAGAUGCCUGAAAACAGUGUUUUCUGCAAUCUACUUGAAAUUACAAUGGACCAGGUCGUGGAUGCUAGCUCUGAGGACAAGAUUGAGGGCUCAGACACCUCAUCCACGGCUCAGGUGUUAGAGACGCCUGAAAACAGUGUUUUCUUCAGUGUUCCAGAAAUUAUAAUGAACCAGGAUAUGGAUGCUAGCUCUGAGGAUGUGAAAAAAGGCUCUGACCCCUCAUCUGUGGCUCAGGUGGUGGACACAUCUAAAAACAUUGUUUUUUCAGAAACCUCUGUUAAUGUUCAGAUGGAGGAGAAGUCAGAGAGACGUACUUUCUUCAUUGAAGUAAAAAUUAACAAGGAUGUGGAAGCUCGCUCUGAGGAAAAGAAAGGUGACUCCGGAUCCAUAACUAACUCUUUUACAAUCCAGAUACCAGAAAACUGUGCUUUUGACAAACUAAAUAUUACUGAAAACAUAAAUAUUGUUGCUGACAAACUAACUCAAUCUGUAUCCAUAUCAAACUCUUUCAAAGUGAAGAUAUGUGAAAACGAUUUUGACAUCAGCAUUCCUGAUGUCAAACUUAACUUGAAUGUGGAAGCUAAGUCAGAGGAUGAGAAAAACAGCUGUGAAACAGCAAAUGUUUUGACAGUGAAGGCAUCAGAAAAGGUUGGUGUUUCUGUCAGAGCAGAUCCUGCAAGUGAGGGAGUCAGUCAAAAAGGUGGACAAAGCAGCAUUGAAAAACCAGAACAUUUGUUGAACUUGACUGUAAAACCGUCAGCGACGCUUCCUAAAGCAAACUCUUUGGUUGAUGAUGUUAGCACUAACGAUAAACAAAGCAACUCCGGUUUUACUCUUGAUGGGAUUGUUUGUACUGGAUCUGAAGAACAUGUUCAGGAAGUUGGAGCCAACGACAGUACAUUAAUGAAGGUUGAAACUGGCAGAAAGACAAAGAAUACGAUGAAAAGCACUGAGGUGUCUAAUCACAAUAGCAUGAAAGAAGAAGACGACCCCACAAAUUGCGGGAUUGAUGCAUGUGCCACGAUAUUAAUUUUUUUCUUGUUUUUGAUUUUAGUUGAUUUUAUUAAACAUUGUUAUUUUUGUCCAGGCUGUACCCGACCUCGCCCCCAUUGACAGCUGGAGAUAGGCACCAGCACCCCUUGAAUCAGAGUUAAGUCUUAACUUCUGCGUCAGACACUGGAGGUUAGGUAGUUCAUAAUUUGUUUCAGGUUUGAUCAAAAAAUGUUUUCUUGCCUCACUGCAAGAAGGUCCCGCGUUUGAGUCCUGCCCUCUAUUUGGAGCUUGCAUGUUCUCCCCAUGGGUGUGUAGGUUUUCUCCGGGGGCUCUGGUUUCACCUACUACUAAAGACAUGCUGGUCAGGUCGGCCAUUAGUGGCAGCGCGCUCAGUCGCUGCAACUCAGGCUAACCCUCCAUCUGAUCUACGAAAUUCCGUUGUAUGUAGCUUGUAUGUAAUGACAAAAAAAAAAGCAUCCCAGCUUAUCUUGUGUUUAUCGCCAUGCUUUGUUUAAUUUCUCGAUCGUAGUAAGAUCUUAACUCCACAUAUUGGAAAAGGUUUCUCUAGAUUAAACAGUUUCUGGGGGUCUGGAAACUUUUUAAGUGGUUAUUCUUUACUAACUGGACGUAGUUUGUGAUACAUUUUGUUAUCCAAGACAUGAAUCUUGUAUCUAUACCAUUUUGGAUAAACCUUUGGUCAUAUG